CAGAUGUGUGGCAGUGCUUGAUGCAAGUGCUAGCACAUUACUGUAAGAAGACAUACUUUGGUGUUGUAGGCCUGCAGAAAGGACUGCAGCUGGCAUGUCUAGGAAACAGACAUCGAAACCUGUGCGGAGCAAUAAAAAGAGCGAACUGGAACGCAAGAGGGAUGAGCGGGCAGCACGUCGGGCCAUUGUAAAGGACCGCAAGAACCGGCCUCAGGAUGGUGAUGAAGGAGCAGAGUUUGUCAGUUUCUCCAAUCAGCUCCAGGCACUGGGGCUCAAGCUGAGAGAAGUCCCUGGAGAUGGAAACUGCCUGUUCAGAGCAUUAGGCGACCAGUUAGAAGGUCACUCCAGGGGUCACCUGCGACUUCGCCAGGAGACUGUCCAGUACAUGUCGUCUCAUCGACAAGACUUUGAGCCCUUUGUCGAGGAUGACGUGCCCUUCGCACAGCACUUGUCCAACCUCUCUCAGCCCGGUACAUUUGCUGGCAAUGACGCUAUCGUAGCUUUUGCUCGCAGUCAACAGGUGAAGGUGGUCAUCCAUCAGCUGAACACACCACUGUGGGAGAUAAAUGGUGCAGAGAAGCAGGUGUGCAGAGAGCUACACAUUGCCUACCGCUAUGGAGAUCAUUAUGACAGUGUAAGGCGGAUUGGAGACAAUUCUGAGAGUCCUGCUCAGCUCCGCAUAGAGAACAUGCAGAAUUCACGAGGCCAGCAGCGCGAGUUCGGGGACGGUCAGAGGGACAGGCAGAAAAAUCCCUCCCCCACUGCCUCGGAGGAGGACAACGUGAUCCUGAGUUCCAUCAAGAAUCGAGGAAUCCAGGGUGAUGAGGAGAACCUGCUCCAGCUGAGUGCAGCAACCAUCAAUGCUGAAUGGCUUGUCGGCUCUGUGCUGGGCCAGUCCUGCCAGGGCCAGUGUGCCUCAGGAUCCUGUUCUGCCUGCAGAGCUGCAGCCACAGACUGCAGUGAGCAUAAGCAGUCAGCAGAGGGCAGCAACGUACAAAAACCUAAGGUAUCGAACAAGCAAAGGAAAGAGCAGCAGAGGCAAGAGAAGAAGAAGCGUCAGGAGGAGAGGCAUCGGCAGAAGUUUCUCCAGAGCAAAGGAAGCAUGGAUCAGAACCAGAACCUGCCGGAAGCUGUUACUUUAGUACCAGCUCUCAACACUCUCAGUAUAUAGACUGGAGCAUGGCCAAAAUUACCUACUGCUACUCUAGCUACUGGUGGCUGACGCUGUCCACAACGUUUUGCACAUAGUCAGAUAUGAUUCAGUCACAGAGGAUGACUUUUCCUAAAGAGAACCCUAUAGUUUCUUUCCAAACAAACAGUAUAACGGUGCCUGCAAACUCAUGUGCGUGAGACGCGUGAAAGUUGUAAAAGACAAGAGAGUGACAAAGAGCACGGCUGUCAGUAUUUCCGUUGGGUUUUGAUUUAGUUCAAUCCCUGGUUGGUGUUGGUGUAUGUAGAAACUCCUCAGAGCUGGUCUACCUACCACGCUACCUUUCCCCUUUCUAUGCUGGACAUCUGGCUUUCCACGACAACCAAUGCAGAUAAUCUCGUGCAGCUGGGCUUUCUGAUUCGCCACAGAUUGAGGUAACGUUUAUUCAGAUGUUCAGAUCGUUGCGUUUGUUCGAUCUGGCUGAAGAUGGAAGAAAAGUAAAUGCAGAGCGGCAGAUGAAUGAUUGUUAUGCACACUGUGUAAGGAAUGUGGCAAUAAAAAAACAAACAAUAAAUGAUAAUUU